UGCUCCUCCAGCAGGAGGCAGAGACGUAUCCCAGCUGCACACUGAGCAUGCGCGGGGACAUGAACCCGGAAGUGCGAGAGGUAAACAUGUCGAGGAUCCAGAUGUUGCAGCUGCUCAUCACGCAGCGGCUCAGCGCGGCCGCGGAGGAGAUCUUCAGGGAGUUCGGGAGAACCAUGGCGGAGUACGAGGAGGAGAUCACCCGCGCCAAGAUGGAGAUCUCCCGCCAGAGGAGGCUGCUGGACCUGAGCCGGAAGCCCCGCGUGUCGCUGCAGCUCCGCGGCGGAGCUCUUUGUGAGCAGCAGGACUGGAGGUUCAGUGUGGACCUGAACGAGAUGAAGUCUCCUCAGAUCAAAGAGGAGGAGGAGGAGGAGUCGUGGUCCACUCAGCAGGAGGAGGCGCAGGAGGAGGCGCAGCAGACGAUGGAGCAGAAUGACGUGAAGCUGUUCCAGAGUGACGGACCCGAGGAGGAGGUCAACAACCACACGCCUUCCUCAAUGUUCCAGAUCCAGGAGGAGGAGGAGCCUCGGCCAGGGACGUCAGUAGAGGAUGAAGAUCUGAGCUGGACUCAGCCGGACCUGGAGGCUCCGCUGUCCGAGGUCGUGACCUCGUACGUCUGCAGCGUGUGUGGCCGAGCGUUCGCUCAGCGCCCCCUCUGGGCCGAUCACGUGCAGGAGCACCGGACCGCCCACAGCAGAGCGGACAAGUCGUACACCUGCGACAUCUGUGGGAAGAGGCUGACGCGGUUCGACGGGUACCAGAAGCACCUGAGGAUCCACACGGGAGAGAAGCCGUACGGCUGCGGCGAGUGCGGCCGCAGGUUCAGCGACAACUCCAACUACAAGAGACACAUCCGCACACACACGGGAUCUAAAGAGAAACCUUCAGUCCAACCUGGAGACUGAACAUCUCAACGUUUCUCUUUAACUCGUGUGGACGACUAACGUGUAAAUAAAUCUAAAGUUUUCAUAUUUAUUAACAUGGACCAAGAGACACAUUCUUAUUUUUAUAAAAUAAAUAAUUAAACAUUAAAA